UCUCUUUCUUUUUCCUACUCUUCAACUAAUAAAAAAACACUGAAAAAUAAAAAAUGACUAAUUCUACUACUUCUACUGCCUCUAUUGAAGUCAAAGACUACACCAUCUCUCAAGCUGAAAUUAAUCAUUUCAAGGAAAAAUAUGAAUCGAUCUCUGGUGGUCACGGUAUCACGGUUGAAAUACUGAAAGAACUUUAUAGAAUUGCUCAAGUAGAAAUUCCCGAUGAACAAGAACUUCAUGCCCAGAUCAGAGCUGCUGACUCAAAGGGUCAUGGCAAAGUUGGCUAUGAUGACUUUUUAAGCGUCAUGAAAAAGCAAUAUCAAGUCAAUGCUGAAGAAGGCGCUUCCAAGGUAUUCCAAUUACUUGAUACAGAUAACGAUGGUCUGAUCGGCGGUGAUGACCUGAAGCGUGGUGUUGCUCUGUUUGGUGAUAAUGUGUCGGCUGAAGAAAUUCGAGAAAUGCUCUAUUCUGCAGAUAUUGAUGGAGAUGGAUUGAUCAGUUAUGAAGAGUUUUUAAAGAUUAUGACGCCCUGUAAAGUAAACGGACAAACCAUUUAACAUAAGUCUUUUUUGAAUAAAACAAACACUUUGAGAGUUCGAAUUAGUGCUAUGACUUUAUCUUCUUGUUGCCGACAAUUUCUAAAUAUGCAAAUUGAAACUUCCCGAUAUCAUCUAAAUUUUACGUAAAUCACUUCAAAAAAUAUAUGCAUCAAGAGAUAGAGAAAAAAAAUAACAAUGAUAUGCGGACGGUAAAGUGAACCUUAAAUAAAUGACUACCACAUCCCCCUUAUCGC